AUGGACAGUGCUCCUUCGAGCGCGCUGAGUCGCCUUGCGGCUCAGAAAUUGAUAAGGAGAGCUAGUGGAGAGGAGCUGUUUGACAUUAAGAGAUUCUACCAACUAACGGUUGACAAUGAGAAGUACCAAAAGAUAGUAACAGGGAAUCGACGGAGUAAGGAGGCGAUUGAAAGGAAGAUGGUGGACUUAGGUAUCCGGUCAAUCAUUGGUGAAGAUGGCUCGAAUAUGUAUGUGGCAUCGCUAGUAGAGGAGAAGUUGGGGGCGCUUACAAACGAUAUCAAGAAGGAGCUAAUGAAUGCCGGAUACACGGAAGACCAGGUGACACAGAUUUCCGCCAUCUAUCGCAUGCAACGGAAUGUAUUGAGACUGAAGGUGUCGUGUGUAUCAGUAACUGAAGGAGGAUUCGAAAGCACAUGA